AAAGUGUCUGUAGCUUCUGGAGCUUACAACCCGAGCAGCGCUGGGACAUACAGAAUAAGACGGGACCAAUCUACGGAGUACAUCACCAACCAUUAUUGCCUGACAACUUAAUUUAUAUUCUUGACAGAAUAUUGUCGAUUCAUAUUCGAAGCUUAUGCUUCUUGUUAACUUAGAGCCAAGCAGACCAUAACUCUUCGACCUCAGCCAUCUGGAACCGAGGCUUCUCAAACACGACAUAACAGUUCAAUACUCGGAACUCUCCAUCGUCGCAGUCUGACAUUUGAUUGCACAAGAUGUCGAAAAAGCAAGAGAAACUGACACAAGAGGAGAUAUGGGAUGAUUCUGCCCUGAUUGACUCUUGGAAUGAAGCCUUACAAGAGUACAAAAAAUAUCACAGCAUUCAUGCCAAGGGCGGAAGUGUACGGGAGUUAGAGACUCAAAAUCAGGCCGAGGCGGAGGCUGAGUCUGGAUCUGAGCAACCCCAAGUUACAGAAACAGAAGAGAUUGAGUUGGAAUCGGGAACAGCAGAACAAAACAAGGAGAUCCCAUCAUCGCGCAAUGAGUCUAAGGAGCCAAUCGCGUCUCAAGGGACUCCCUCAUUUCCUAUACAAACCGUCCUAGGUUCCGUCCAGGACGAAAGCCUCAAGAAACUCCUUAUGUCAUGGUACUAUGCUGGGUACUACACAGGGUUGUACGAAGGGCAACAGCAAGCUCAGCAGAAGUAGUAGGAUGGUUCGUAAGCGAAGAAACAAUUUUACAUCCUUGAAACACGGAAGAGCGGUAGUCAUCCCCAAUUUUGUCAGAGAAAGUCAUGGCAUACGCAUGGGUUCCUCGGUCGGGCUGUUGCCGUUGAUGCUACGAUGCAAGAUCGGCCGCCGAUUCACGUGGAAAUGUUCAUGGAUGGAAGUGAACGGAUGGAUUCAAGAGAGGUUUGUGGCGUUUCCAUCGAAACGAGAGGCCUCAAGAUGCCAAGACCAGACUUUAGAGACUUUGUUGUAAGUUCAUAUCACGUCAAGAUAUAGCGACCGCAAUUUGUGACCCAACCUAGAGACUACCUUAGACUAUACCCCGUAUACGUACCAGCGCUAGGUACGGUGCAGGCAGGUCUCUUCUCUUCCUCUGUGGAUACACUAGACUACAAUACUGCCAGAGUAUGGUUAUCAGUUAAGCAUCCAUAGCAACACCAAUGAUACACGCAAAGUGAUCAAGGUAGGUCACAUAUUAGGUCUCAAGCCCUGCAAGGAGAUAAACUUUUUGUCGUCCGAAUUAUUGUGCCUGGAAGGGUCUACGGCGGAUGAGACCAAUACUAUGUCGAUGAAACCUCACCGUUGACGAUCAAUGGUGAAACGGCCUCGGUGCCGCUCAAACGGC